GCUCUCGCCAUCCAUCAUGAACUAGUUCAUAUAUCUGAUAUAGAACCAUUCGGAAAACAUCUGGAUGAAACCAGGUGCAAUGGACAAAUGUUCGCAGGGUUUGGAAAGUCGUCAUGCCUUAUUACAGGUGACGGGGAUGACCUGCUCCAAUUGCAGUUUCGCAGUGGAGAGGGCCAUGAAGCAGUUGAAGUGCGUGGAGAGGUGUCAGGUGGAUUUGAUCAAUGGAAAGGCAUCGGUGCAGUAUCGCCCCAGCCUUCACCAUGGGCAGUUCACAGCUGCAGAUCUCUGUGCCGAAGUGGAGUCCAUCGGCUUCGACGCCUCGGUGCUGCAGGACCUGCGCAGCUCCCAGAUGCGCAGCGCCCGCGCCACGCUGAAUCUGAGGGCCGAGGGAAAAGGUGCCGGAAAAGGUGAAGUGACUCGUGAGCUUCACUGCAUGGAGGGCAUCCUGGAUGUGACGGAAGAUUGUGGGGAGCUGGCAAUCAACUACGAUCCUUACCGUUGUGGAGCUCGAAAGAUCGUCUCAGAUUUGAGAUCUUUGGGUUUCGAGGUUGAGCUGGUAGAGGCUCUGAAGCCCAAAGGCGAGGCGGUUCCACCAGGACUUGCCACUGCUGUCGUGCUGACAGUGGCAGUUGUUGUCUUCAGCGAUGUGUUACCCUGCUUCAAGCCACUGGACAAGAUGCUGCACAAGCACAUCGUGCCUGGCUUGCCUUGUGUGACGGUCAUCUUGGGAGUACUAGCCACCCCGGUGCAGCUAUACUGUGGAAGCCGCUUCCAUUGGGGUGCAUAUCAUGCCAUCUCGACUGGAGUUUGGGAUAUGAAUGUCCUGAUCUCUCUCGGCACGGCCUUGUGCUUCACAUAUUCCUUUAUGGUCACUUUUUGCAUGAUCGUGGCAUCCCACUUGGGCGUGGAGUGCAAGGCACCACCGCCCUCCUACUUUGAGACGCCAUGCUUUGUGAUCACGAUCAUACUUGUGGGGAAGUACCUGGAGGCCUGGGCACGUGGCGGUGCCUCCGAAGCUCUACAACAGCUCUUGGCCCUGCGGCCACAUAUGGCACACUUCAUGGGUGAGGACGGAUCCUAUGAGGUGGAAGAUCUUCCUGCCCAGCUGUUGCAGAUUGGCGAUACGCUCCAGGUUUUCCCUGGAGAACAGGUCCCAGCAGAUGGCCUCAUGAUCUCCAACUGUGGUUUUGCAGAGUUUGACGAGUCGCUGCUCACAGGAGAGUCUCGGCCAGUGAGGAAGAAGAAAGGCGAUGUCAUAAUUGGUGGGUCAAAGUGCUUGACAGGGCGCACGGAGAUGCAAGUGGAGAAGUUGGGCAGCGAAACGAUGCUGAGCCAAAUCAUGAGUCUCGUUGAGACCGCUCAGCUGAAUCGGGCACCAGUGCAACGUGUGGCGGAUUCCGUGGCACGAAUUUUCGUCCCAAGCAUCGUGGCCUUGAGCUUCUUGACGUGGAUGACCUGGUACUUGCUCGUGUACACCUGGGAGGUGAUUCCAUUAAGUUCAAUCCUGGACGGUCGCAAGAGCUCAUGGCCUGAACUCGACAAGGCCUUCUUCGUGCUGGAGCACGGCCUCAACGUUCUGCUGAUCGCCUGUCCCUGCGCCUUAGGCCUGGCCACCCCUACGGCUGUGAUGGCGGCCACUGGGGUGGCGGCUAAGUGUGGCAUCCUGGUUCGCAGUGGCGCUGAGCCGCUGGAGCUGGGCUCCCGGGUGAAGGCGGUGGUUUUGGACAAGACAGGCACCUUGACCGUGGGACGUCCCAGUGCAGUUUCAGCUGCCGUUGUGUGUCCCUGGGCCUUGGAGGACCAUGGCUGGCAGCAGUUGCUGAGUACCUUCCGCCAGCACGCAGCAGCACUGGCUGCAUCUCGGAAAUUGGUGCUGGACGUGGAGUUGCCGACGGUGUGGGUCACACCAGAUGAAGAUGGCAGUCGCUCUAGGAGUCCAAGUUGCAAUUCGGAGGCCUCGACGACUGCAUCGGAGUCUGAAGAUGCGCAAGCAAGGUUGCGCCUUCCAAUGCCAGGAUCUUCAGCCUCUUUGGCUCGUGAGAAUCUUCGACAAGAGGCUGAGAAGGCGCUGUGGUGGGCCGUGGGUUCUGCCGAGAUUUCGAGUGAACACCCACUGGCCAAGGAGCUGAUGGAUGUAGCCCAGCAGAAAGCGCGGGUGCCGCUGGCCAAACCCACGAACUUCGAGAACAUGACGGGUGUUGGGCUGCACUGUGUUCUGCCUGGCGACCUCAAAGUUGCAGUUGCUUCAGCACACCACAUCUUCACCAAAGGCUGCCGGGCUCCCCACUCACUGGUGGCAUGGGCCGAGGCGCAGAUGUCCGUCGGCAGCACAGUCGUGGCUGUGUCGGUGAAUGAUGUGGCGCUGGGGGCUGUGGCCCUUCGUGACAAGUUGGCGCCUUUUGCGCGUGCGUGUGUGGCGCAGAUGGAAAUGUCGGGAGUGCAGGUGUGGAUGUGCACUGGGGACCACCGCGCUGCAGCAGAAGCUGUAGCCAAGGACUGUGGUAUUGACAAGGACCGUGUGGUAGCACAAGCUCUACCUGCGGACAAGGUGCGAGUUGUGAAAUCCCUGCAAGAGAAUGCCUCCCCAGGAGAUGCAAUUGCCACGCGCGCCAUUGUUGCCAUGGUGGGCGACGGCAUCAACGAUGCUCCGGCACUGGCUGCGGCAGACUUGGGUGUGGCCAUUGGUGCGGGGCAGAAUGUCACAGUCGAUGCGGCGGAUAUCGUCCUGGUGCGAAAUGACUUGCGCGACCUUCUGGCUUUCUUUGCCCUCGCGAAGGAGACGCUUCGAACGAUUUGGUUCAACUUCUUGUGGGCUUUCCUAUUCAACGCCUGCUCUAUUCCACUGGCAGCGGGCAUCUUCUGGCGCUAUCGUGUGCUCAUCAACCCCCAGAUUGCUUGCGUCUUGAUGUUGGGCUCCUCGCUGUUUGUUGUUGGGAGCUCACUCUUGCUGAAACGAUUUGUUCCUCCGCAGCCGCCAUCCUUGGUCUGAGCUGAAAGUUCGGAGCAAAACAGAGCAUCCAGCUGAACCCAGCUGUAUUCUUUCAUGUCUUGCCUUCCUUACCUGAUGACACCUGAGAAUUCAAACGAAGGUACCAUGCCUUCGCAGCUGCAGCUGCUAGUGCUUUUGGUGGGCAAGUGAUGCAAGGACCCUCAUCACCAGUCUCACCUCUCAACCAACA